AAAAAGGGGGAAGAAAACAUGAAAAAUGAGGAGGAAAACUGUUUGGGAAAUUCGUUUUCAUUUCGAUUUUUUUUUUUGUUUUUUUUUGUGGCGAACUUAUCGAUUUUCUUCUUUUUGUUUUUUGCGUAGGUGACAAAAAAAAGAAAACACAGACGAAGAGGAGUCAGCAGCAGAGAGCGAUAGAGAGAGAGAGAGAGAGCGGGCACAGUGCGUGAGAGCGGGCGAGCGAGUGGGAGAGAGAAGGAGAGAGCGAGCGAGCGAUGCUGGGCUGUGGGCGAGAGCGAGACAGCAGGCAGCUGCGUGUUGUGCGUAAGGCGGCGGCGUCGCUGCCAGCGUCGACGCCAGCAGCGACAGCGGACAAUCAGAGGAAGAAGGAGAGAAGAGUGAGGGAGAAGUGUAGCAAGAGCGAUAGAGAGAGAGAGGGAGAGAGCGGAGAAGUAACUGGAUUGAAAAGUGAAGUGCGCAUACUGACAGUGGACACUGUGUCGACCUGUGUGCUGGCUCCUCCAUUGAAGAAGAAACGUUCCAAACGGAUAACCGAAUAUUUUCCAUGUGAAUGGUUUGCGGCAUUUGCCCACAACGACGGCGACGGCGACGGCGACGCUGACUGCGCAGUUGACAUUGACGUCGCGACGCAGCAAUUUACACGACGAACAGAGAGACAGAGAGAGAGAGAGGAAGAAGAAGAUGAAGAAGGGCAGUGUUGUGGAUGAGAGGAUGAGGGUGAGGGUGAGAGAAGCAAGCGAACGCGUGAAAAGCGAAUUUUCAUUUCAUGUUUUGUCACGAAGCGAAUGGAGAAGAACAGCAAAGGAAAAAAGAAAAAAACCCAAAAUCAACGGAAAAUGCGAGGAAAACUCACGUUGGCAUUGACAACAAGGGUGGCUAAGUCGACUUCGACGUCGCUGUCGCCGUCGCAGUCGCAGUCAACGUCAGCAGCAGCUGUAGGCAGCAGCAACGCUCUCUGAGCGUAGAAAAGACGGAAAAUUCAGCUGCCUACGUCUGUAUGUGUGUGUGUGU